ACAAAAAGACUAAAAAUUCGUUUGUUCCUCCCACACACACACACACACACUUUAGAGAUGAUGAAGGUAAACACAAGGACACCGGCGGAUUCACGCCGUCUCCACUCUCCAACUUAACGGAUUUAAGAGGGAAAAAGCAUCGUGAAGACGACAUGGGACGCGCCAUCAUCAGCUGUUAGAAUGCUGGGAGUGUGUGAGCAACACAUCGGGGGCUGAAGCCAAGAAUCAUGGGAGUCGCAGUAUGCCUGGCCCUGGUGGCCUGGGCUCUGCUGGGCUGGUCUCAGGCGGCUAAGAGCGCACCCUCUCUGAGCGUGGCAGUGAUCCUGGGUGAGACUCGUGGUGUCCCUGAACGCGCAUUGCGCCCAGCACCGGGCGUCGGAGCACCACUGGACAUCAGCGUGCUGGCUGUGCAGGUGAACCACACGGACCCGGGCAGCAUGCUCACCCACCUGUGCCAGCUCAUGGCACGUCAGCGCUUGCACGGCCUCGUGUACGGUGACGGAACCGACCAGGAAGCUAUCGCCCAGAUGCUGGACUUUGUCUCUUCUCAGACUGCCAUGCCCAUCCUGGGUGUCCAUGGAGGUUCAGCCAUGACCAUGGCAGAGAAGGACGCCAGUUCUUCUUUUUUCCAGUUCAGUGCGUCGCUCCAUCAGGAAGCCCUGCUCAUGCUGGCUGUCUUGGAGGAAUAUGACUGGCACGUCUUCUCCGUGGUCACCACCAGGUUCCCCGGCCAUCAGGAGUUCGUCAUGACCAUCCGCGCCACCGUGGAGCAGAGUUUCGUGCGCUGGGACCUGCAGAGCGUGGUGACGCUAGAGGGCGUGGGAGAACCUGAGGACAGAGCGCACGUGCAGCUCAAGCGCAUCCAAUCGCCCGUCAUCCUGCUGUACUGCUCCAAAGACGAGGCGGAGCUGGUGCUGCUCGAGGCCCGGUCGCUCGGGUUGGUCGGCGCCGGGUUCGUGUGGAUCGUCCCCAGUCUUACAUCCGGUAACCCUGCACGCACUCCAGAAACCUUUCCACCGGGAAUGAUUUCCAUCGCGUAUGACGAGUGGGACUAUCCGCUGGAAACCCGCGUGAGGGACGCGGUGGGGAUUUUCAGUUACGCCGCAGCCGCCAUGUUUCGAGAGGAGGGGCGUAUCCCGGACGGAACGCUCAGCUGCUCGGGUCAAGCGGAGAAGCCAGAGGUUCCUGCAAGUGCAUUACGCAGGUAUAUGAUGGGUGUAGUCCUGGAGGGCAGAGAUCUGUCGUUUAUGGAUGACGGCUAUCAGGUGAACCCUAAGCUGGUGGUUAUUGUCCUCAACACUGAGAAGGAGUGGGAGAAGAUGGGCCGCUGGGAGAACCAUUCGCUGGUACUGAAAUUUCCCGUGUGGCCUCGGUACAACUCGUUUGGAGACGCGGAAGCAGAUGAAAAUCACCUGAGCAUUGUGACGCUGGAGGAGAAGCCGUUUGUCGUCGUGGACGACGUGGACAUUCUGACCGGGACGUGCAAUCGCAACUCUGUUCCCUGCAGGAAGCACAUCAAAGAUAACACUACAGGUGGCGUGUACCUAAAGCAGUGCUGUAAGGGCUUCUGUAUCGAUAUCCUAAAGAAGAUCGCCAGGAAUGUAAAGUUCACUUACGACCUUUACCUGGUGACAAACGGCAAACACGGGAAGAAGAUAAACAACGUGUGGAACGGCAUGGUGGGCGAGGUGGUUUAUAAGAAGGCCGUGAUGGCUGUCGGUUCUCUGACCAUCAACGAGGAGAGGUCAGAGGUCAUCGACUUCUCCGUGCCGUUCGUGGAGACUGGCAUCAGCGUCAUGGUUUCCCGCAGCAACGGAACCGUAUCGCCCUCAGCCUUUCUGGAGCCGUUCAGCGCAUCGGUGUGGGUGAUGAUGUUCGUCAUGUUACUCAUCGUUACCGCAAUCGCUGUCUUCCUGUUUGAAUUCAUCAGUCCGCUGGGCUUCAACAGAAACCUCGCGCAAGGCAAAGACCCUCAUGGUCCGUCGUUCACCAUUGGCAAGGCCGUCUGGCUCCUGUGGGGUCUCGUGUUCAAUAACUCUGUACCAGUACAGAACCCCAGAGGCACAACCAGUAAGUUCAUAGUGUCGGUGUGGGCCUUCUUUGCUGUGAUCUUCCUGGCCAGUUACACUGCCAACCUGGCCGCCUUCAUGAUCCAGGAGGAGUUUGUGGACCAGGUCACUGGGCUCAGUGACAGAAAAUUCCAGAGCCCGUAUUCCUUUUCACCGCCAUUUCGUUUUGGUACAGUCCCAAAUGGCAGCACAGAGAGGAACAUCAGGAAGAACUACCCAGACAUGCACCAGUACAUGGUCAAAUACCACCAGACCGGCGUCCAGGAUGCACUGAUCAGCCUUAAGACGGGCAAGCUGGAUGCGUUCAUCUACGAUGCAGCUGUGUUGAACUACAUGGCAGGGCGAGAUGACGGGUGUAAGCUGGUGACCAUCGGCAGCGGCUACGUCUUUGCCACCACUGGUUACGGUAUCGCCCUCCAGAAAGGAUCCUACUGGAAGCGGCUCGUGGAUCUUGCCAUUCUAGGGAUCAUCGGAGAUGGUGAGAUGGAAGAGCUGGAGGCUCAGUGGCUCACAGGUUUCUGCCAUAAUGAGAAAAACGAAGUGAUGAGCAGUCAACUGGAUGUGGACAAUAUGGCUGGUGUGUUCUACAUGCUGGCAGCUGCCAUGGCGCUCUCCCUCCUCACCUUCUGCUGGGAGCACCUGUUCUACUGGAGACUGCGUUACUGCUUCACUGGACUGUGCUCAGGACGACCUGGACUUCUUUUUACCAUCAGCAGGGGAAUCUGGAGUUGCAUUCAUGGUGUUCACAUUGAGAUGAAGAAGCUUCCUGAGUUGGAUUUCAGUCCUCAGGCCAACAUGUUGCAUCUGCUUAAAUCUGCAAAAGAGAUUACAACUUUAGGUGUAACUUCUCCUAAACGGCCUGUCGCCAGCAUCCUUCCUCCUACUACUGGACUGCUAGAACUUGUGACUGGGAGCAAAGGCAACAACAACCUUGCACCAAAAGAUGCGAUAUACAACAAUACAAACACCAUGCUUGCAAAUCGCCACAAAGAGCCUCUAAACAACAUCCUUUUGCCUGGUCAGUGUGCUCUUAACCUAGCUGAAGUUCAGUCUGUUAGUGGAGGCACAUUAGGUAGUGGUGACUCAGGACUUCCUGCUUCCAAGACCCGUGCUCUCUGGAAGAAGUCAGUUGAAACUCUAAGGCAGAACCCAGGAUCUACAAAUAAUUCGCCACCUUCCUCUGGACCAGUCUAUGAGUCACAUGCGACUAUGAAAAGCCAGAGGUACUUGCCUGAAGACCUGCCUGCACGCUCAGACAUGUCUGAUUGCUCUGGCCGAAUUGACCUACAGAAGCAGCACAAGGUCAAAGAGACGCUCCGGAAGAGAAACCGCCUGCUACGGGACCUAAGUGACGUGGAACUCGCUGCAUUACCCAGCCAAGCGAGUCAGCAGAGCAAUCACAGUGCUCAGAUCUAUUCCCAAAAUAGUCAGAACAGCCAGAUCUACACAAUUGACUCUGUAGACCAGGAGCAUGGACUACAUUACCCGGACAUUUUCAAUGGGCACAGAGACAACAAACAUCGCCCUUCGUCUUCUUCAGAGCAACAGCCAAUACUGCAGCUUAAUAGCAAUGUGUUCCCUCAGGCUCAUGAGCCAGAUGUCAUGCAGAAUGCUACAACUGCUGCCAAGGAGAAGAAGUACAAUACUUACGGAAAGCCUGGUGGGGUGGUACACAGCCCAGCGGUGACCACUCCCACUCAAGACCACAGACAAAUCCACUGCCGUAGCUGUCUGUCAAAGUUCUCCAACUAUUCUGGGCUUUAUACCAUGCGACCUCCUCAGUAUCGCUGUGACGCUUGUCUGCACUCUGCCAACCUGUAUGACAUAAGCGAGGAUCAGUUCCUGCACCCUAAUAUAGGUGCCAUUCGAGGUGGUAGUGUAGACAGGAGCUUCUGUGCAUAUCUGCCACAUCCCAAUGCUUCCUUCAUGGCCUACCUUCCCCAAAGUGACCAAGAAGGUGAAGGGCUAAUUAGUCACUAUCAAAACGAGGGCAUUUACAUCCAUCGCCAGCACUCUUAUGAAAACCUGCCUCAAAAGAAUUCUUCACGACGUGUGAGCCUUCAGGACAACACUCCUCAAAUUAACUUGCACACGUCCACCAUGGUUCCGGAUAAGCUUCCAAAGAGCCAGUCGACGCAGCUGAACCACACACUUGCUUCAGUAGGUGUUAGCGGGCUUGGCAUUGGCCGGCGCAGCAAGUCCAUGUACCCAGCCCGUCCAACUGAGAAUCCUUUUCUGCAGACGCUCCGCGAUGACCAGCGCCUGGCUCACGGUCGCAGUGCGACGGACAUUUACAAACAGCUGGUGCCACUUACAUUAAGUCCAGUGGUCGACGGCAAGGGGCUCGGCAUAGGGGUGGCGGCACCUGACCUCUUUUACCCCGAGCAUGUAAUGCCUUAUGUAGCCCUUUCCCCGGUCGGCACAUUCCCAGCCCCGAGAGCAAUGAGUGCCGGUGGUGCACGACGAGUCUACAAAAGGAUGCCCAGCAUUGAAUCCGAUGUCUGAAGGUUUGGAGAAAAACUAAAACUGUGAACUAAUGAGAUACCGACUCUGAAAAAACAAGCGCUGUACAAAGCAUCAGUAUUUCCACCUGGAUAUGAAUUCAUAUUGGAUAAUUCUUUUCAACCAGGAGUUUAAACAAACAAUCUCAUAUAUUGUUUCCUGCUCUUUAGUGAAUCUCAGUUCAGCAUUUCAUCAGGUCCUCCCCCGUAGUUGAGCGGCAGCUCUGGGUCUUCCACAUAAACACCGAAGACGGCACCAGACACAGACGUGCCGUGAAGAGAAAACGCAACAAGAAAUGCUGCUGGAGUUAAUGGAGCAGCUCCAAAGAGUUUUCCUUUUUUCCAGACCAAGAAUUGAGCCAAAACAUUGCCACAUGCACAUGUAAAGCCUAAAUGUCUGAAUAUGACAAAGAAAGAAAGUAAUGAAUUUCUGCAACACCACAAAAACAUCAAGGAAACAAAUGUAUAAAUGCACAAAAUAAACACUUGAAUCAGAAGCAAAAUAAAUGCACUGUAUGAUAUUAAAGGCUACGUUCACAUUACAGCACAAGUCCGAUUUUUGCAAGUCCAAAUUUUGGACAUUUGUUCCCACAGAUGACUCAGAUCAAAGAAACAUACCCCUUGAAAUGGGAUACUAGGAUUUAGUGUGUUUCUUACAAUUUGCCCCCGAAUCAUUGGGGGAAAUCCACACAAAUUCUGAUUGGACUGUUCUUAUAUGUAUAAAUAUGUGUCUCGGAUAUGAAAUAUAGAAAGGUCUGAUGUCAAAGAAAUCCAACGGUUCUAUUCACACAGUCAUUUGUGUAUCAGGUCCCCAUUGUUACAAUAAAAAAGCGUUCAAUUUAUCAGCCCGAGCUCUCAGGUCCAAAGUCCUUUAUGAGUCUUGCGAACGAAGCCGUGUAUGAUCUCUGGGAGAGAGGGGCAUGCUCCCUUUUUCACAGAGACCACUUGUGGACGUCUGCGAGCUCAUAUAUGCAGAAGUGAAAAGAAAGCACUUUUCUACAUAUGUUAUGAGAUACAGUGUCUCAAAAUUACAAAUGAAAAACUUUACGUUAUUAGGUUUUACCUUCCGAAAAAAAAAACGGAUUUCAACUUGGUAAUGUGAACGUAGGAUAAAAAAAACAACAAAAAAACAAACAAAGAAAAACUAAACCUACAGCAAGGUGAAACGUCUUAGCAGGAAAAAUUCCGACCAAACUUCCUACCCUAAAGAGACUUCUAUUUUUUCAACUACAUCUUUUUUUCCAACUGUGUAAUAUAAAGGAGCUCCGGGGAAACCCAGGGCCUUAGUUUAGAGUUUCUGAACAUGUUUACCUGCAUGCCAAACACAUGAGCAGGACGACGAGUUCUCUGAGCCAUCAGUGUUUGUUCACACACUCAUGUCUACAUCACAGCAUUAUUUAUUACAUUACAGUUAUUUCUAUAGUUAUCUAGGAAAAUCAUACGUGACAUAUGAGUCACUUUUACAGUUUUAUACACUGCCAGAUUGAUUGACCAAGCAGUGUGCAGAGCAAAUGGUUGUUAUGGUUCAGGGGAGAAAAAAUAAUGUGUGUGUAUAUAUAUAUAUAUAUAUACAGAAAAUAUUAAAAGAAAGAGACAGUAACGACAGCGUAAUCGAGGAUCCUGUACCGACAAAAUGAUGUCACACUCUGCACCGCAGGACCACACAGAACUCCACAUACAUCACUUCCUGUGGGAUGAAACCCGCCCACACAUAUCCUAUUAUUUAUUCAUUCCUUUAUGUAUUUAUUUACUUAUUUUGUUGUUUUCAGAUAUAAUGGUCAUCCAGCGAUAUGCACAAUAUCAGGUUGCAAUAUAAAACUUUCUGUAUAAAAUUUCCUAGCUAAUAUGUUUUAUUAUUGGUUUACUUAAUUUACGAAUUGUAAUACAUGUGACAUUAAUUUAUAAAUGUGAUUUAAUUGCAUAUGUACAUAUAUAUAUAUAUUUUAUAUAACAAUAAUAAUAAUAAUGAUAAUAAUAAUAAUAGCAUGUUAAUCUUCUUAAAGGUCAGACUUUCCAAGUUGUUUCUUUUUUAUAUUUAUUUAUUUAUUUAUUUAUUUAAAGUUUUGACAUGAAUGGGAGUACAUGUUUACAGUGAAUAUGGAAAAUAUGGCUUCAUCUCCAAUGUGAUUUGAUCCUCAUUUGAAUACAUAGCAGAAAAAAAAGAGAAGAAAAGAAAUUAUCAACCCGGACCAGGUUUUGGUUGUCUUCAGUUGUUUUAGUUGUUUACAAAAUUGUUGUUUAUUUUACGUUUGCAGGGUUUUGCCUCACACUCAAAAUGAUAUGAUA